AUCUGCGUCAUUGUUUCAGUGCUGAGGAAAUCGCCUAAGCUGAGUGAAGGUCUGUGCUAAGAUGUGGGAAGAAAUUCCGCGUUCAUCUUUCAUGAACAUCUUCGACAACCGACGAAUGAUGUUGCCGUAUGACUGCGUGACGGGUCCAUUGGACCCUCAUCAUCAAGCCAAGCCUCCCAGACAUUUCUUACUUCACAUUCCGAGGGUCAUUCCGGAUCAAAAGGCCAGGUUCGAGGGAGACGAUAUUUUUAAGAAGCUCAGCAGGGAAGCAGAGGCUUUCCUGGGAUCUGGAAUAAAUUUCCAGUUGAUCUUCACUCCGGCUGCGAACGGUUUCACUGGGCCUCAUCAUCAGCCACAUGCUCCUCACAUGCAUGGACUGCCACCAGAUUUUGAUUCGGAACCUGGGAAGGUUCACAUCAAUGCUUCGAUCAUCAUGAAUGGCGUUUGUGUGAGAUGGAGGGGUUGGGUUGAUUUGGAACGAUUGGACGGUGCUGGUUGUCUUGAAUUCGACGAGCAGAAUGCCGAGGUUGAAGAUGCUUUGCUGAAAGAGCAAGUUCAGCAUUACAAUCAGAGAAUCCAGGGAUUCGAAGAUAGAUUCCAUCCACACCACGCAAUGCACCAUCAUCAUCACCCUGGUGUCCAUCCACUCGCACAUCAUCACGUUCGCGACCCGCAUUCCAUCCUUUUGGCUCACGAUGACCAAGACCGGUGAAGAUCGUUGGUCAAAAACUCAAGACCAAAUUUAUGUUGAACCGUAAUGUUUUUAUGCAAAUGUACGCUUUAAUUGUCUAUGUCUCAUUUUGCCCCGCGUGUAUUUUUGUCUUGAGUUUUCGCAAUUGUUUCGAAUUCGGAUCUGAUGCAACAUUUCUUGAGGACUUCCGUGACAUGGAUAUUAUAUGAACAGUAUUAUACAGGAUUACCCGUCA